ACGCAGUGCUGGCAGCAUCUGAAAAAGUGUCAAAAACAGUGUUCACCCCAUCGGUGUUUUAAAAACUCUGUGAUAGUGAUAAGUUUAAGAUGGAGGACCCAAAAACGGACAUCAAACACAAAAUAUCCUUUAGUGUGGAAUCUUUGUUGUCGAAUAAAGCCCCCAUUCACGACAGCCACCAUUUAGAAGACAAAUACGAGGAUGAUAUCGACGAUAACAGACUGGAGACUUCUAGUGAUCGAUUAGAUGAAGACGACGACGAGAAUAUUACAGUAGAUGACGACGAUACGGAUGGAAGAGAAAGUUUGAGCCCGAACUCAUCGCAUACUGUGCUUAUUCCACAACCCUUGCACCCUUCAUUACCUAGAAUGUUACCUAACCAUCCUCAGUGGCCCUUUCAGUGGAUAGGACCCAACGGGUUCAGGUCGAACUCUCCACAAGCUAACCUCCAAAACCUCUCCACCAACGGCGGACCACCAAUCGUGCGAUGCGCUCUCCGGAAACACAAACCCAACAGAAAACCCCGAACGCCGUUCACCACGCAGCAACUGUUAGCCUUAGAAAAGAAAUUUAGAGAUAAGCAGUACCUUAGUAUAGCAGAAAGGGCUGAGUUUUCGAGUUCCCUGAGGCUCACCGAAACACAGGUAAAAAUUUGGUUUCAAAAUCGGAGGGCAAAAGCGAAACGACUCCAAGAAGCAGAGCUGGAAAAACUCAGGCUCUCUGCCAGACCUCUCCUGCCUCCUAGUUUUGGUCUUUUCCACGGCGGAGGCCCCCUAGUUUCUCCCUUCUUGGCAGCCAUGGCGCAUCGACCCCCUAAUUUCGCCUUUUCGGCUCCCAUGUUGAAUAUACCCCAGUGACCAAAGAGUAGUAGUUAAGGUUGUGUAGGUGUAGAGCAAGAUUCUUUGCAAACAUACGUAAUUUUUCUUUAUAAAAAUCACAUAUAAUUAGUUCUGGUAAUUUUGGUGUCUUUAUUGUUUAUUACAUACAAUCUUUAAAAAGUUACUUUAUAUUUUUAGUCUUCCGAUUACAAUGACGUAGUAUGUUUGUUAAGAAUAGAUCCUCUUGGAAAUUUUCUUGUAAAUUAUGUGCAAAAAGACAAAACUGAUUCUAGUUUUCGUUUAACUAUAUUACUCUUAUUGUAAACAGUGAUAUUUUGCCUGGCGUGUUAUAUUUUGUCUUUCUCUUUAGUGCAAUGUUCGAUACGCCGGGCAGUUUCCAUGGUUUUUGUAUCUACUUAUAUAAGACUGAUUAGGAGGUUUUUCUUUAAUGUAUAUUUGUAAUUAUGGUUUACGUGUACAAAUGUUUAUUUAAUUUUGUUGUAUAUUGUUGUACAUAGUGAAGAUAUGAUAUUAAAUGUUUGUUUUUAUAA